AUGCCAAUCACUACUGGAAGACUUGGUGCUUCUCGUCGCAACGAGCAGUACCAAAGCAUUCCGCCGCCGAAAGGAAAUCUACCGCUGAGAAAGCGCCUCAAGCAUGUUACUUGGGCAUGGUUCACGCUGGUUAUGGCGACUGGUGGUAUUGCAAGCACUCUGCGUUCGGUGCCUUUCCGCUUCAAUGGACUCUACGCCAUCGGAGUCGUAUUCAUGAUCCUCAACCUCGUCUUCUUUGUUAUUAUCUGGGGCAUGAUGUUUUGUCGAUUUUACUGGUACCCGUACAUGUUCAAGCUCUCGUUUCGGCACCCAACAGAGUCGCUCUUCGUUCCCGCCGUCGCGGUGUCCUUUGGCACUAUACUUAUCAACAUCGUGGAGUAUGGAUCGGACAAGGUCGGGAGGUGGCUCAAUCGUGCUAUCCUUGGGCUGUUCUGGUUCGAUUCUGGCCUUGCUGUUACACUCAGCAUCACGAUAUACCUAAUCUUAUGGUCAACGCAGACUUAUACCAUUGCCAGAAUGACACCCAUCUGGAUCUUCCCAGCCUACCCAUUGCUGAUUAUUGGUCCGCAUGCUGCAGCUCUGGCACAGGAGAUGGUCAAUCCCAGGGAAGCCCUUGCUGUUGUCAUCGGCGGCUUCACUAUCCAGGGCAUUGGGUUCCUGGUUUCAGUCACAGUCUAUUCGGCCUUUGUCUACCGGCUCAUGACACACAAGUUACCCGCCGAGUCGCUACGACCAGGGAUGUUCGUGUCUGUUGGCCCUAGUGCUUUUACUGCUUCUGGAGUGAUUGGCAUGGCAUCGAACCUGGAUACUAUACUGUCUAAUUGGCCUGGAGGUUCAUACAUGGGUAUGGAUCCUCGACUUGCUGCCAAUAUUCUGACUAUCGUUGCCAAUUGGGUGUCUCUUUGGCUAUGGGGAUUGGCUAUUUGGUUCUUCUUUGUCAGUCUAGUGGCGAAUUUGGUCUGCCUUCGCAAGCCCGGAUCAUUACCCUUCGCUAUGACAUGGUUCAGCUUCAUAUUUCCGCAGACGGCGCUCACCAAGGCGACAUUUCGUGUCGCUGCUGCGUUCGAUGCUUUCCCACUUCAGGUCGUCGGUUGCGUUAUGACCGCAACUCUCAUCCUGGUGUGGUUCUUGGUCGUCGGAAAGAUGGUUCACGCCAUAUACAAGAAGCAAGUCCUUUGGCCAGAGACAGGUGAGGACAAGACCGAGGGUGGCUUCAGCAUGCCAAAAGAUCACGAUGAGAAAGUUGUGCUGGGUGACGUGGUCAGCACUUCGACGGAUAUUGGUAGUGGUCGGACGAAGUCUCGGUAA